AUUAUUAAUGAGUAUAAUCAUCAACAAAAAUCUGAUAUGAUACUUUUUGAAGAACAAAAAAAAUUUACUCCAGAAAUAAUUGAAGAUAUAAAGUUUCUUACAACUCAUUCUAUACAACAAUUUCAGCCAACUACUAAAUUAUUAUUAAGUGAUGCAUCUUCAAUAUCAAACUGGUUAGAUAUUCAAAAAGAAGCUAAUUCAU